GACGCGCAGGAGGCCGCGUCUCUGGCAUCGCAGCUUGCAAAGCUCAUCGCCUCAUCCCAUCUCUCUUCUCUCUCCAACUAACAGGUCGGCCUCCGGAAGACCGGAACCCAGCUCUUGCGAUCCUAAAGAGCCACUCGCUCCGCCCCCCGCCCGCCUAGUAGCGUUCGCUCGCUGUCGGCAAUCCGGCAUCUCCCAAAUCUUCUCCCUGGAAAGGGAUUUGCUCCUCCCUGCCCUGUCCGAUCCUUUUCUUGAGCCAUUUCUACUGAGUUCUACUGAGCUGCGAGCUGGGGUGUGGGUGUGUGGGAGAGCAAAUGCUGGUCCAAGAACCUGUCGUCGUCGGCGAGCACGCGGGAUUCUUUUGUCCCGUGGCGGGCUGUCGAGAUAGUGGGCGUCCGAGCUGGAGCACCUGAGAUGUUGCUGCUUGGUCGUUGUGUGGAUUGAUUUUGGCCGAAAGCUGUUGUUUUCUCGGAAAGGGAGGGAGGUUUUCUUUUUGGUUCUUUUGGUAUUUGAUUAUUUCUUGCGGUGAAUCGAUUCCUUGCCUCGCUAAAUCUUGCUGAGAUUUCUCUUCUCCGCCGGAGACUGGUAGAUCCUUUUCCUUCCCGGCCGGGCAUUCCUGCUCUGCUUCUUGGAUCUUCGAAUUCUCCGCCGAAUCCCAAAUCUUUCGAGGUUGUGGUGGAGAUUUCUGUGCAGGGAGAGUGGUAAAGAUCAAAUCUUGGAGGAGGUUGUUUUGAUCCGGCGUGCAGGAUGGUGUCAAGAUCCUACUCCAACCUCCUGGAGCUCGCCUCCGGUGGCAAUGGAGGCGAGCCGCUGCCAUCGCUCGGUCACCGCCGGAUACCGCGUGUGGUGACGGCGUCUGGCAUUGUGCCGGACCUCGACUGCUCCGACGACGACGACGCCUCGGUGGCCUCCGAUCACUCCUCCCACGCUCCGCGGGAGCGCGCCAUCAUCGUCGCCAAUCAGCUCCCUAUCCGCGCCUCCCGGCGCGCCGGGAGCGGAGGCGGGUGGGACUUCUCGUGGGACGAGGACAGCCUGCUGCUGCAGCUCAAGGACAGCCUCCGCGCGCACCACGGCCGCGCGGAUAUGGAGUUCGUCUUCGUCGGUGGCCUCCGCGACGACGUCCCGCCGGCCGACCACGACGAGGUCGCGCACGAGCUCCUCGAGGGCUUCGGGUGCGUCCCCACCUUCCUGCCCGCUGACCUCCGGUCCCGGUUCUACCACGGCUUCUGCAAGCAGCAGCUGUGGCCACUGUUCCAUUACAUGCUGCCACUGUCGCCGGAGCUCGGCGGCCGCUUCGACCGCCUCCUGUGGCAGGCCUACGUGUCCGUCAACAAGAUCUUCGCGGACAAGAUACUAGAGGUGAUCAGCCCGGACGAAGACUUUGUGUGGGUGCACGAUUACCAUCUGAUGGUGCUGCCGACAUUCCUUCGCAAGCGGUUCAACCGGGUGAAGCUCGGGUUCUUCCUCCACAGCCCGUUCCCAUCUUCGGAGAUUUACAAGACCCUGCCUGUGCGCGAGGAGCUGCUCCGAUCCCUGCUAAAUGCCGAUCUAAUUGGGUUCCACACCUUCGAUUAUGCCAGGCAUUUCUUGUCAUGCUGUAGCAGGAUGCUUGGGUUGAAGUACGAGUCGCAGAGGGGCUACAUUACACUGGAGUAUUAUGGACGAACAGUUACUAUCAAGAUAUUGCCAGUAGGAGUUCACUUGGAGCAGUUGCAGUCAGUCCUCAACCUCCCGGAGACUGGAGUCAAGGUCGCCGAGCUUCUCAAGCAGUUCUGUCAUCAGAAUCGACUGCUGUUGCUUGGUGUAGAUGAUAUGGACAUCUUUAAAGGCAUUAGCUUGAAGCUUUUGGCAUUUGAGCAGCUCUUGAUGCAGCAUCCAGAGUGGCGAGGAAGGGUGGUGCUGGUACAGAUUGCCAAUCCGGCAAGGGGGCGCGGAAAGGAUGUGAAGGAGGUACAGGAAGAGAGCUAUGCAAUGGUGAGGCGCAUCAAUGAGGCUUUCGGGCAGCCUGAUUACCAGCCGGUUAUACUGAUCGAUAACCCACUGCAAUUCUAUGAGAGAAUGGCUUACUAUGUUGUUGCUGAGUGCUGUUUGGUUACUGCAGUGAGAGAUGGCAUGAAUCUUAUCCCGUACGAGUACAUAAUUGCUAGACAAGGUAAUGAGAAGAUAGACAGGAUCCUAGGUCUCAGCCUGUCAACAAGGAAGAAGAGCAUGCUUGUUGUGUCGGAGUUCAUUGGCUGUUCCCCCUCUCUAAGCGGUGCUAUUCGGGUGAACCCUUGGAAUAUUGAUUCAGUGACUGAUGCAAUGGACUCUGCGUUGGAGAUGCCUGAAGGGGAGAAGGUGCUGCGACAUGAGAAGCACCACAGAUAUGUGAGCACACAUGAUGUCGGAUACUGGGCAAAUAGCUUCUUGCAAGAUCUUGAGAGGACUUGCCUUGACCAUAACAGGAGGCGUUGCUGGGGCAUAGGAUUUGGGCUAAAGUUCAGGGUUGUAGCCCUUGAUCCAAACUUUAAAAAGCUUGCAGUUGAGCACCUGGUCUCAGCCUACCGGAGGACGACCACACGUAUCAUUCUCCUUGACUAUGAUGGGACGCUGAUGCCUCAGACAUCUUUCGGUAAGAGUCCAAGCUCAAAAACGAUAGACAUGCUGAACAGCCUUUGCAGUGACAAGAACAACAUGGUCUUCCUUGUAAGCACAAAGAGUCGGAUGACUUUAAAUGAGUGGUUCUCGCCAUGUGAGAAUCUCGGACUAGCAGCAGAACAUGGCUACUUCCUCAGGCUGAGAAGAGACACAGAGUGGGAGACACGUGGCCAGGUGAUAGACUGCAGCUGGAAGCAAAUUGCAGAACCUGUGAUGAAGACCUAUACCGAGACGACAGAUGGAUCAACAAUUGAGGACAAGGAGACCGCGAUUGUUUGGAGCUACGAGGAUGCUGAUCCUGAUUUUGGUUCUUGCCAAGCCAAGGAGCUCCAUGACCAUCUGGAGAGUGUUCUUUCAAACGAGCCAGUUUCAGUGAAAGCUGGCAUGAACCAUGUUGAGGUGAAGCCACAGGGCGCAAGCAACGGUCUUGUGGCGAAGUGGAUCCUGUCGACAAUGCAGGAGCGGGGUGACCUGCCGGACUUCAUCCUCUGCAUCGGGGAUGACCGCUCCGACGACGACAUGUUUGAGGUGAUCACCACCGCGGUGAAGGGCCCUUCCCUGAACCCGGAAGCUGAGGUCUUCGCCUGCACCGUCGGCCGCAAGCCCAGCAAGGCUAAGUACUACCUGGACGACACCGCGGACAUCGUGCGCCUGAUCCAGGGCCUUGCCAACGUCUCCGACCAGAUGCACGGUGCGCCCCUUUCUGCCACGGACACGGUACCGAGGUGAACCGUGAUGAUCUGUAUGCCAUUAGCUCUAGGCGGCCCUAAAAAUCCUUUCGGAAUGUGUACAUGCUCUAGGAAUGGAUGAGAGCGGUCGAUCAGCGUGCAUGCGUGUGUUGCUUCUUCGUCGAAUUAUCAGCCGAUGUGUACAUAAACUCUGGCAGAUCAUCAAUCCCGUUAAUUUCUCGUCAAAUUCUUGUCA